UGUGGGCGUGGCCACAAUGAUGAGUGGAUUUUGCAGAAGUGAUUGAUGUGUGUGCCGUCGUUUUUGUGGGGAGAAACGGGCUCAAGUGUGUUUCCAUAGCCGGGGGUACGGAAAUCACCGCCAAGAGCGUGCGCAUCCCCCGAACCGAUCCUAUUCGCCGGUCGACCCUCUGGACGAGUGUUUGCUCUAACCUUCACGCUGCUGCAGCAGUAUGUGUGAGUGGUGGUGCGUGCUGCUGACGGUGCCGGCACUCCUGGCCUCGGCCAGGGCCCGUCCUACGGUCACUGCUACAACAGCACGCUGGUGGCUGCAGAACCGUUCGACCCCUCUUCUCUCUCUCCCUCACUCGGCAACCAACCUGCUCCGACUGUUCAGUUCUCCAGCUCAGUGGUGGAGAGCGCCCUUCUUUCCCUUCCAAACUCCCUAUGAAUUCAGCCCAACCUUGCACCACCCUUCAAGUCAAGACCACCAGCGUUGCCAUUGGCAAGCUACCACAAAGACCAUGCCUUACAAAGCUAUAUAAUACUAUGCAAUUGGACUAAGAUAUCCAUUAAUUAACUGCUGCUAUGUGCACACUCCCCCAGUUGGUGGGCCCCCAGUCAAUACUAAAGCCACCACAUAGGAGAACCACUUUGUAGGCCUCUCGGUCCACUUGACUGCACACUAAGUGUGGUUCACUGAGGCGUGACUGUGAUUGUGUGCAUUCGCCACACUGUGUCUCCCCCACCUUACCCUCUCCCUACUCUGUCUCAUAUCAUUUUCCACACCCAUGUAUGCAUUACUUAAAUGUAGCGCUGUUCCCAGCGUACACAUUAUUGACUGUUAGCCAAGACACAAGAACCUGUCUUUGUUGUCACAUCUCAACCCACACCCACAAGGACACACACACACACACAGACUGUAUCUAUUCAAGUUUAUGGCCAGAUGGUGUGAAUGGACCUGCUACCUGCAGGCAUGUAAUGACUCGAGGCCUAUGCCCGCAAUGCAAGCUAAUAGAUAUGCUCAUAAUAGGUAUAUACCUUGCAGAUUGUUCUGUGAGCUAAAAGGCCUUCCCAUUUGUAUGUGAUGGCUAGUGUAUAUACGUGUGACUAGGCAGCCUUCUGAUGUACAUACAUUUAUAUGCACCUAUGUACUCUUUAUGGCAACAGCUCUAAUGAUGUUUUGUACGUAUCGUCAAAGAAAUUGUGAUCUGCUUUUUGCUGGGCUCUAAAAACCUCUCAAUAUACUCUUCGUGUGUUUGUGAUGUGACUUUCGACCAAUCACGUCCUUCAGAUUUGUCACAUGACUGAAACUGUCCUUCAAU